AACGCAGCAGCCAUUAGCCGGGGCUGGCGCUGCUUGUUUGUUUGUUUGCUCCCUGGCCAGCUUGAGGGGUGGGGGGGGGGAGGUUGUCACCACCCCGAGCUCCUCCUCCUUCUCCUCCUCCCCGCCGCAAGCAGCAAAGCACCUCAUAUAACGUUUCCUCGGCGAGCAGUCGCCGAUUAGGCGCAAGGCGAUUGGAGGAAGAGCGGAGUGGCGACCGAGCAGUGGGGAAGGGAGAGAGAAAAAAAAAAAAAAAAAAGCCGGCGCGGAGGGUGAGGUGAACCAGAGUCCCGGAAGGGCAGGCAACUCCGCCGGUGGCUGGUCUGAGAGCUGCUCCGAGCCUCCCCUUUGCCUUUGCCCGCGCCCGUGGACACCUUGCUGGGUUCCGGCGCUCUCCCGUUCCCAGCCGUGGUCUCCCCUCCCCACCACCACCACCACCACCCGCGCCUCCUCCCGGGCGUGCGACUAAAUUGGUGGCGGGGAGGCGAGGAGAUGUACCCGCCGGGCUCCACCUGGAAUAUCUCCUUCGCCGGCUGCGGAUUCCUCGGGAUCUACCACAUCGGGGUAGCCAGUUGCCUUCAAGAGCAUGCCCCCUUCUUGGUGGCGAAUGCCAAAAAGAUUUAUGGCGCUUCGGCCGGAGCCCUGACGGCUACAGCCCUUGUUUCGGGUGCCUGCCUAGGUGAUGCUGGAGCAAAUAUUAUCCAUGUCUCCAAAGAGGCCCGGAAGAGGUUUCUUGGCCCUUUACACCCAUCCUUCAACCUGGUGAAAAUCAUCCGUGCCUGCUUAUAUAAAACCUUACCAAGCAAAGGACAUGAGUUGGCCACCGGACGUUUGGGCAUUUCAUUAACCCGGGUUUCGGAUGGAGAAAAUGUCAUAUUAUCCGAGUUCAACUCCAAAGAAGAGCUUGUCCAGGCAUGUGUCUGCAGCACUUUCAUCCCAGUAUACUGUGGCCUGAUCCCUCCAACUCUUCAAGGAGUGAGGUACGUUGAUGGAGGGAUUUCUGACAACUUGCCUCAAUAUGAGCUGAAGAACACCAUCACUGUAUCCCCUUUCUCUGGGGAGAGUGAUAUUUGUCCACGGGAUAGUUCCACAAACAUUCAUGAACUCAGAAUCACCAAUACCAGCAUUCAGUUUAAUCUGCGCAAUUUAUACCGCCUUUCAAAAGCCCUGUUUCCUCCAGAGCCCCAGGUUCUUCAGGAAAUGUGCAAGCAGGGCUACAGGGACGCUCUUCACUUUUUGAAGAAGAAUGCUCUCCUCCAAAGACCUCCCCUUCCUCCGCUAGCCAUUAGCACUGAUGCUGAGGAAACGGACUCUGAAAAAGAAAAGGAUGAGGACGAUCAGCUGGGAGAAAGUGCUGAACUGGCAGAGGCUGAAGAACAUAUUCUGGAACACUUGCCUCCUAAACUGAACCAAGCACUUUUAGAAGCCUGUACUGAGAGGAGGGGAUUAUUCACUUGCAUUGCCAAUUUUCUACCCAUGCGUUUGGCCUCUACAUUGAUGCUACCAUAUACUCUUCCUCUAGAGUCUGCUCUCUCCUUUACAGUCAGACUGCUUGAAUGGCUGCCAGAUGUUCCAGAGGACAUCAGGUGGAUGAAAGAACAGACACGGAAAGUCUGUCAUUAUUUCAUGAGAAAAGCCAAGAAGAAGCUAGGAAGUCACCUUUCAGCCAGGCUAUACUACCAUCUUGAACUCCGAAAAACACAGAGUUUACCUAUCCCUUUGGGAACGGCUUAUGGGGAAGCAUUUCCAAAAUGGCUCAGGAACAGUCUCUCGCUAACAGACGUUAUGACAAAAUGGGAAGAAUACCAGCGCCAGCUGAUGCUAGGGCUGUUCUGCAUCAAUGUGGACCUGCAGGCCUCCAUCUUCCCAUCAGAAGGGCUGCAGAUGAGACAUCCACGAGCAAGCUGCACGGAAGAGACCCUUCAGCUCUUUUAAAUAUAACCUUCAGAAUCUGGUUGGGGAAAAGAGGGUGGGCAGAGGCUGCAUUUAGCAGCUUCCUAAUGGAACUCUAACAAUCAGAGGGAUUUCUCCUCCCCUCACAAUUCAGACAGGGUACUGAUAACAAAAUAGGCAAUUGUGCCAUAACUAAGCAGGUGACUAGCACCAUGUAAAUACCCACCAAAAUGUGUUGGGUGUUGCAUAUUUUCUGGGAAACAGUGGCAUAAAUAACUCGACAACUGCAACCAAAAUGGUUGAUGCUUGGGCUGAACUGAAAAGAAUUUCAUUCAGGGCACCUCUUGGACUGUUUAUAAUAAGACGACUGGGUCAUCAUCAGGAUUCUAGCUUUUGUUUUUAAUCCACUUUACUUUAAAUCAAUAUUGUAACAUGCUUUUGUUCUUAAAGACUUGAGUCCUUUGGGAUCAUCCUUCUCUGUGUUACGAUGCAGUAAAAGAAAAGCCAGCACGAGCUACCAAAUCAGCUCUUAAACCAAAUGCAGUCCUAAAUUUUCACUCUAAGUAGAGACACCUUAUAAUUCCUGUACUGUUUUCUUGUAAAUUUGUCAUAUAUAAGGAAUGUAGCUAACUUUUAUACUACCUGGAUUCAUGGCCUACCGUCUUCUAGGUCCUUCUAUUCUAGAGAGAUGAGAGAAAAAAAUAGAAGUCUUGAAAUAUGUACUUAAGUCCCAUCUCAUUUGGAUGCACUAUUUUUUCCCCUGCUUCCCAGUAAUUUUAAUUAGCUUAAAUCUGAAUUUGUACAGUUGCAGAAGGAUGUCAAGAAGGAUAGAUGGAAGCAACAGCUAAGUCAGUGUAAUGUAUGUUUUGAAACUGUUUAUGACUGACUGGAUCAGUUGGUCAUUUGAGAAAGAAGGAAAGGGCUUUUGAUUCUAGCUGCAAAGGAAUAUGAAGCUCUUAAAAUCCAGAAGCCAAAAUAUAUUCUAAAUGGAUUUAAGUUGGCUUGUGGGAUCCACAUCACUUGUGUCAGUGGUGAAUGUGGCCCCUUUGGAACAUUGCUCAUUGCUCAGCAGAAUUGUAGAAAUUAAUUGUCUUGCACUGAGAUGGAAAUAAGCAGGGUCUGAAGUUGAAGGCCAGAAAGAAAGUAAUAGUUUUGCAGGUAUUGAAUGUUACGGUAUUGCAUAAAGAGGAGGAACAGGGUUGGCUUGUAAAUCAACUGAACAAAAUUGUUUGUUUUUUUUCUCCCUUCCAAGUACUUUUCCCCCACUAGUGCAGGGUCCAUUUUUUCUCAGAUUAUAGGAAUUGAUUGACUGGUUUGUCAUCUGAGCCUAAUGUUGUAUGCUGAGAGUGACUAUCCCAAAGUCAUCCAGCUGGCUUUCAUCCUAAAGUGGGAUUAAAAUACACAAUCCCUGGUUUCUAGCCUGGUGCCUUAACCACUAGACUAAACUGGCUCUCUUGCUGAACAAAAUUGAAUGUAUAGUCUUAGUUCAAUCUUUUCGUGAUAAACCAGUGGAGCUUUCAAUUGCUGUGAAAAAAAUGUUGGUAGGUUAAUAUAGAAGCAUUUUCCCCUUCACACAUAGCCCAAGAAGCAGAUCUGGUAUACAUUAUCCAUUUCUUUCAUAAGCCUUCUUUACAACAGUUACCUUUUGUCAUAUAAGCACGACAUGAAGCACUCUGGUUAAUUUCUCACAACCCCAUACCAACUAUCUUGUGUCUAUCAAUUAUCACCAGCACCAUACUUGAUUUCAUCAUUCACUACUGUUGUUUUCUUCCUGCUAACUGUAUAUAUAGCAUGGCAAAUAUUCAUUAUGAUGUCAGAAAGCAGGAGCUGCACCCAUAUAGUAAUAGUGGCAUAUUUCUAGUCACUGUGUGUGAGACUAUAUGUAGAGUGCUUGUUAUGAUAUUGUAUCGUUAUAGACUGAAGUGUUUGAUGCUGCAGGGAAAAAAGUUUGGGUACAUUUGUUUUUGGAUAAAAAAAGAUUGGUUUUCUUUGCUGAAUUUCUGUUUUUCUCCUAGUACAGAACUAUCUGUUAAAUUCCAAAGAUAACACAAUGGAUGGAAGGAGAGGGAGACAUAACGAUUGCUUAGAAAUAAGUUAAUAGUAAUAGAAUUUUAAAUGCUACAAGAUAACAAAAAGGAUAAAUCUGAGUAGAAAUGCUUUAUUAUAUAGUGUAUUUGUUCUCUUAGUAGACUACAACAGACUACUAACUUUAAGUAUUAUGAGCAAUAAGAGGUUCUAUAUUAGCAAAGCCUAAGAGAUACACAUGCUUUUUUUUUCUGGAAAAAGAAUUAUUGAAAGCGGCUGAAACCAGGAUAAUAGUAUUGCUCCAGGAAAUGAACCUGGGAGCAAAAUACAAGGAGCAUUUCAGCAAUGCUUUCACUUGUAAAAAUUUCUAGCGCAAAUAUUAAAAAUCAGUUGGGAAUGAAGUGAUUUUAUAAAAAUAGGCUUAUUGCCAGAAAAAAAUUCCUUUGCUGUCUACUCAUUUGGCAUAAAGGCCUGUUUUGAAUCUCUGCACCAGUAUUUCCUUUUACACAUCCCUGGGAGAAGUGGAGCUAUGAAGAAUGAAUAUUUGCAACCAGGCAGGAUGGGGGUAGUCAUCAAGUUUAGCAAUGAACAGUGGCUCUCCUAUACGUUACAUAAAUGCUUAGGAUGGCAAGAGUACACUGUUUUAACUGCUAAUAUUUCCUUUAAUGUAAGCAGCAGUAGCAAAUUGCAAAGCAUUCAGAGCACUUGCACAGAAUCCAGUUCCUGGUCUGGAAUUCACUACUGAAUUUUGAUAAUUUCUUCCAUGUUACUAUGUUUGGAUAAGUAAGUACAGCAGCUACCAACUCUUAGUGCAGAGGAAAAGAAAGGACCUGUCUCUCUUCACUAACAUUAAAAUAAAGAGGCUGAGCAAAAGUAGACAUUUUUUUUUUGAGGAAGAAAUGCUUUGGAUUGAGCUGUCACAUACAAAGAUUCACGCCUACUCUCCCAUAUUUAAUUAGAAGUAGGAUAGAAAAUAAAUGAAGACAGGAGAAAUGCAAAAUUGAAGUGUUUCCUCUAGUAGCAAUGUCUCUUUAAGAGAAAAGCUUUGAGCAAAAGAUCCUUUAUAAAACUCUAUUGAGGAAGCAAUCUUCCUCUUAUCUUAAUUCAAAUAAGUUCCAUAGGUAUUACAUCAUCUCAGCUUUCCCACAUAAAAUACAACAGUGCCUAGAUCAGGCCUGUCAAACUCCUGGCCCGCAGGCUGGAUGCGUCAUGCGCUGGACACGACCAAAGCCGGUUUAGUGAAGAGGGAAAAAGUCCCGAUAUGUCAUGUGGUGACGCCGUGAGUUUGACACCCCUGGCCUAGAUACUUUCCCUUAUUAAGUACACAAUUGUCUGCUUAUUCUGCAAAGUAGCCUCUGUUAGAGGAAAAUGUUCUUGUAUCGUGAAAUAGCUGGAAAAACAUGAUUUUGCUUUUGAAUUCUAAUAAGCAUCAAGAGUUUUUCCCCCUUACAACUAUAAUGUGAAUGUCAUUUGUUGUCUUUUAGAUGAAAAUGUGCCAGUGUUUGCAUGUCUUUAACCACUAAGUUAUUCAACACUGUAUUCUAUUUUGAAAUGUAUUGCACAAUUAUAUAGUCUUUUUUUUUUUUUUAAUUGUAAGCUGCUAUUGCUGCUUCAAAUGCAGCUAUUGUAAUGCUGGGAUUCUAUUUAUUGCUAAUACACUGCACUAUAAUUUAGACAGCCCUCUUUUUAACUAUCUUACCUGUUUGAAGAUAAUCAGGAUUUUAAAAAUAGUUGGUUUUAUAAAACAAAAUAUAAAAUUAUUUAAUUUUAUAUGUUAAUGUUAAAAGUGUAAGUUCAAAUGUUAGUGCCAAAAACUGGUAUUGCAAUAUGUACUGUGUUUUUCACAGCAAAAACACACACAGACAUUUUCUUUUAAUUCUAAAACUUAAAAAGUAGUGUAAGCAAUGCUCCCAAAUGAUUUUAAUUCAUAAUAAAAAUAGAAGUUAGAACCAACAAAGUAUCCACAGAGUAAAGCCAACCAGCCCAGCUCUAAUUUCUUAAAAAGAAAGAAAAAAAAUUGGUGUAUCAGAUUUGAAACUCUUGAACAAAAACUGAUAACAACUUACAUCACCUUGUUUGACUUGGCAGAUAGAAAUUUGGGCAAGUUGAAAAGCAACAUUUGAUUACAUCAGAAGCUGAUGAAAGAGAAGCUUGAUUUGUUAAGUUGCAUGGUUUAAGAUUCCACAGUGCCUUUUAUAUUUUUUUUAGAAAGCCAAACUAUUUACAGCUUGCUGCUGCUGUUAUCUUUAUGGGCACCUAUAGUAGUCCUCAACUUAUAAACCACAUUUGGGACCAGAAUUUCUAUUACUAAGCAUCGUGAUUGUUAAGUGAAUCAUGCCAAUUUAUUGACCAUUUUGUUUUGGUUGUUAAGUGAGUCACCUUAAUCAGUAAGUGAAUCAUGCAGUCAUUAAAAAAAAUCUGACUUCCCCCAUUGAUUUUACUGGUUGAAAGCCAGUUGGGAAAGUCACAAAUGAUGAUUACAUGAUCCAAGGAUGCUGCCAUUGUCAUAAAUACAAGCUGCUUGCCAAGCGGCCAUAUUUUGAUCAUGUAACCAUGGGGAUCCUGCAAUGGUUGUGAGUGCAAGCAUUAGUCAUGAUCACUUUUUUCAGUGCCAUUGAAAUCUCAAAAGAGUUGCUGAAUGGAUGAUUGUAAGUCGAGGACUACCUGGAUUCCUCUGCUGUUUUCAUUCUGACCAUUCUUGAAUUCUGUAAUAGUUCUUAAGUUGUUGACACUACUAAGGCUGAACUAAUCAUUGUGAGAAGCAACUGAUUUACCUUGCUCUGAUGUUAAGCCAUAGUAAAUCCAACAUGCCAAAUAAAAAAAUCUCUCUGCAAAAAAUGCACUCUGUAAGAAAAAAGAAAAUUCAACAUAAGAACUCAAUCGUAUUUAGGGAGUGGGAGAUGACCAUGAUCUGAUGCUGUUGGUCAAAUUGCAAUAGCUCAUUUUUAGCACCUGCAACUAAAAUAAAAACCUGUAUUAUUUAGUAGCAUUAGGAAAGCAAUAAAUACGGUGAGGAAAACUAAUCAAGUAUUAUAAUAGUCAUUCUUGAGUUAAUUUUCUUCGUGCUUUGCAUUAUCCAUGUCCUCAGUUCCUUUCUUCUAUGUGUUUUACUGGAAAUGUGCUAUUUAUUCUUUUAAAAUGUAUCUCUAAUAAAAUACUUUCUAAACUUAUUGAA